AGCUAAUUCUGGGCGGAGUGGGUUCUCUGAGGAGGAAAUACGCGUAAUUUAAACUGGGAUUUAAACAGAAAUAAAUUCCUUUCCGAGGAGUUUCUUGGAGGUAAAUUUUGACGUCAUUGCUGUACGAGGUUCAGACGCAGGAUGGCUUCCUUGCGACGUCUAAGGCAGUGCCACCCAGCGGGCAUUGUCGCCGUCUCCCACCUGCAUACCAGAAGCCGGGCCUUGGCCAAGCAGCACUACAAGAUGCUGGUCCUGGGAGGAGGAAGUGGAGGCAUCACCAUGGGUGCCCGCAUGAAAAGGCUGGUUGGAGCUGAGAAUGUGGCUGUCGUGGAGCCGUCAGAGGUGCACUACUAUCAGCCAAUUUGGACACUGGUGGGUGCCGGUGCUAAAACUCUGAAAUCGUCAGCUCGUCCAACUGCCAGCGUCAUGCCGUCUGGCGUGAAGUGGGUCAAGUCCAAGGUUCAAGAAAUAAACCCCGACAAAAACACAGUCCUCACAGAUGAUGGGACCGAGAUCUCCUAUGAAUAUCUGAUUGUGGCUCUUGGUAUCCAGCUUCAUUAUGAGAAGAUCAAAGGGCUGCCGGAGGCCUUUGAGCAUCCGAAGGUCGGCUCAAACUACUCCGUCCAAACUGUGGAGAAAACCUGGAAGGCCCUGCAGGACUUCAAAGAGGGCAACGCAGUGUUCACGUUCCCAAACACUCCUGUCAAAUGUGCAGGAGCUCCACAGAAGAUCAUGUACUUAUCAGAUGCUUAUCUCAGAAAGACAGGAAAAAGGGCAAAGGCCAAUGUAAUAUACAACACGUCACUACCUGUGCUGUUUGGCAUCAAGAAGUAUGCUGACACACUGUGGGAUAUUGUGAAAAAUCGAGAUUUGCAAGUGAACCUUCGCCAAAACCUGAUCGAAGUGCGGCCGGAGAAGCAGGAGGCAGUGUUUGAAAACCUCGACAACCCUAGCGAGACUAAAGUGGUUGAGUAUGAAAUGCUCCAUGUUACACCACCAAUGGGACCCAGUUUGGUGAUUAAAGGGGGCCCGCUGGCCGACGACAUCGGCUGGUUGGACCUCAACAAAGACACCCUGCAGCAUACCAGAUAUCCAAAUGUGUUUGGGAUUGGAGACUGCACUAACCUUCCUACAGCCAAAACCGGAGCAGCUGUUGCUGCACAGUCUGCAAUCCUGCACAGAACGAUCAGCAAAAUACUGAAAAAUCAGCAGCCAGAUAAGAAGUAUGACGGCUACACCUCCUGUCCGCUGGUGACGAGCUACAACACAGUCGUCCUGGCGGAGUUCGACUACAACGGACAGCCGCUGGAAACCUUCCCCAUCAACCAGGCUAAAGAGAGAAGAUUAAUGUACUACAUGAAGGCUGACGUGAUGCCCUAUCUCUACUGGCACGGCCUUCUCCGGGGCCUGUGGGGCGGUCCAGGACCGUUCAGGAAGAUCUUCCACCUUGGGAUGAAAUAAAACCAUCAGCUUGUGGGUUGAGUUUCCUGAAAUGACUGGAUGAAAUUCAUCACAUUGGGCUUAGUGACUUAUACAGAUGAUCACUUUAUGUGAUCUUUACUUCAUAAUACAGGGUGGUCUGACGAACAAAAUUAAAUAAAUGACAAUUGUUGACAAGUUAAUCUGUUUUUUUCAUUAAAUGAGAAGUAGUAAAAGUUUUUUCACUAACACACUGAGGAAGCUGGAAAUAUGUGAGAAAUUCAUUUAGUUUCUCACUACUGGGUACAAAAUACACAUUUCUGUGGUUCUGAUUACAUCUAUUAAGUGACUUUUUAGUUCCUAACUGCCAAAAACUGAAUAUGCAAAUUAAUGUGAAGAUUUGAAAAGUAAUUUAUUUUCAAUUUUAGCACAAUCACAAGAUAAUAUUAAGAUUUUUUUGCUCUUCAUUUUUAUGAUUAAGUGGAACUAAAAAGAUGCAUGUGUCAAAUGUUUCAUAGUCAGAUUUAAUUUGUUUUGCUCCUCUUUUACAUUUCUGAACGAUUAACAUGCAAAAAACUGCCACAAGUGCUUUACUUUACAUUUAUACACUGGAGUCUGACAUCACGUUUCCUACAUCCCAAUUCUUAUUUUUAUCUUCCCUCUAGUGUUUAAACAUCUGAAUGACUCUAAAGAAUGUUAAAUUUGUUGUAACUAAGAUUUGUUACUAUUAAAAUCAAUAAAAAUUCUGUGUUAAAUAAA